GUUUCCCACAUAUGCAUAUAUAGCAAUUAGAAUUUACAUUCUCAACCCCCGCUCCUCCUACUCCUACUCCUAUUCCUAUUCCUAUUCCUAUUCCUAAGUGGUAGCAGUAGCAGUUGGCAGCAGCAGCAGCAGCAGCAGCAGCUUCCCUUUCCCUUUUACCUUUUCUUGGAGAGAGCCAAAAAGACAAAUCAUUCCUCUGCCCUGCUUCCGCACAAAACAUCUUGCCCAUAAAACAUCCACAGGACUGAAUCCUCGGAGUCUUGAAUCUAUCUCCAAUCAAUGCUUGAGCUUGUCACUUAAAGGGACAAGGCCAAGGCCAGGGAGGUGAGAAUAAUGUCUGCUAAACUUCUCUACUCGAUAGCCGACGACAACCCCUCCGUGCAGAAGCAAAUCGGGUGUAUGAAUGGGCUCUUUCAACUCUUCGAUCGCAACCACUUCCUCUCCUCUCGGCGUAUCAGCAAGGACCCGAAUAAGAGGCUUCCUGAGGGCCGAGAAGGCAAAGACGAUGCAGUUGCAAAUGAAUCGUCGCAAAAAGCUGCAGUGGUGAAAAAUCCCAAGGUCAUAACAGAGAAGCAGAGAAUCUCGACCGACUCCUCAAGGAGCUCUGUCUCUUCUUCCUGCAAUACAUUGAGUUUCUCGUCUCUCGACGAUUCUAGGUCGCUCAAGUCGGAAAGAGUUGAAAAUUCUUCCUACAGGCUGAAUAGCUCUGCAGAAGUCCCAAUCACACGGGACCAACCAUUACACCGAUUGAAUGGCUUGGACGGAUCCGGGAGGCAGCCUCUCACCACCCACAGAAAUGUUCGAGGUAUAACAGUCAAGUGUGGGAACAAAGACGAAUCCCCAACCUUGACUUACAUAGAUUCUCCACGGCCAAUGCAGAAACCUAACAAGUCUUCCAAGCCGAGAUUCUCGAGUCUCCAGGAAUCGUUAGGAGUCCUCCCCAACUUCCGAAAACUUAGGCCCUCCUCAAAUUCAAUGGAGCAUUCUCGCAAGGAUUCUCCUCGCCUGUCUUAUGACGGGAGGGAAUCGCGAGAUGCGCUCAAGUCCAGUGCAAGGCUGAAGGAGCUGCCAAGGCACUCAUUGGACAGCAAACGAGGUUCGAUGAUUGGAUCCCCUCAAAUUCGCCAUAGUGAUCUCCCUGUGGACUCACCACGGGAAGUCGGCAGUCACAGGCGGCAAUCCAGUUUGGUGGCAAAGCUCAUGGGGCUCGAAGCUCUCCCUGAUCCAAUGUCAGCCCCGGAAGAGCUUACCAGUAUUGAUUCAGGUGAAGCAUUCGAUUUCUCGAGAUCGUCAAGAAUCUCGAAUUGCACCUCGUGGAGUUCUCAUCAGAAGGAAACCAUCUCCCAGCAGGUGAUUCAUCCUAACUUUCCCAAGAAAUCGAACCCGGCUGCAAGGUUUCCAAUGGAGCCAGCUCCAUGGAAAAAACCAGAAGGAAAACAAAGUUCCGAAGCUCCACAGAAUAGCUCUCGUUCUGUUUAUGGCGAGAUCGAGAAAAGGUUGGCACAGCUCGAGUUCAAGAAAUCUGGAAAGGAUCUGCGAGCGCUGAAGCAGAUCCUUGAAGCGAUGCAGAAGUCCCAUGAGAAGCUGAACGCGCCAAAAGAAGUUGGGAGUUCAAAUAUUUCCCCUCAGACUCGUAAAGGAAACAGCACUCCUGAGCAGAGACCGAACUUAGCAGUCGUCCCAAGAAAUAUCAUCUGUGAAAGCCCGACUUCUCCCACAACCAGGAGGACUAGUUCUCCAAAGACUUCGCCAUCCUCUAUUGUGAUCAUGAAACCAGCUACCGCAAGAAAAUCUAACAAUGGGCCAAGAACUGAGGAGAGAGUAAGUCCGAGAAACUGUUCAGGUGGCAGAACAGUUUCUAUGGAGAAGAACAUAACCUGCAGAGACACGUCAAGGGAAGCUGUCAGCCCCAGACUGCAGAAGAAGAAGUUCAAUUCAUCGGAUUAUUCUCAGAGGAGGUCGAGUCUGUCAGGCGGGCAGAGGAGAAGUUUGGGACAUCAAGACUGCAAUCAAAAAUCAAGAACUAACAGUUUGCAACUUGGUGGUUAUGACCAAGGAAGUGAGAUCAGCGGGGAUUCGAUUUCGAGAGACUUAAGUGACAGAAAUAACUCCGCUUCACUGCGCUCGGAGAGUAAUAUCAGUGUGAGCUCUUGGGAAGAAGCCGAAGUCACAAGCACGUAUCGUGGAGAAUGUGGGAUGCGGAAGAAAGUGACAUCAAUACUGAGAGAGGAUAUACCGUCAAUCAGGAAACCUCAGAUAACUACUGCAGAGCAACCGAGCCCAAUCUCAGUUCUUGAUGCAACUCUAUAUGGAGAUGAAUCACCGUCGCCCGUGAAAAUGAUUUCCAAUGCUUUUGAAGACGUUGGAGAUGAGUCACAAUGGGACCAAGAGGACCUGAAGUGCUCAAAAGAAGGAAGUUUCAGAACAGAGAUCUAUGCUAUCGGAUCAACCAAAACGCUGCCACCUCAAAAUGACACAGGAAAUAACUAUACUAAUCCUGAUCACAGAUAUAUCUCUGAGAUUCUUUCAGCAUCGGGUAUGCUCCAAGACCUAGAUUAUGGCUCCCUCGACUUCCAACCUAACCAACCGGGCCACCUCUUCAACAAAAACUUGUUCCUAGCCCUGGAGCAGAUAAAGGCAAGUAACAGGCUUCCAAAAGGCAUUCAAGAAAUUCCUCGGCUAAACUGCGGUGACAGACUCCAGAGGAGACUUUUGUUUGAUGUUGUUAACGAAAUUUUGGUCGAGAAAUUCAUCCGCAGCCAUUCCAAGAACUGGCUCGGGCUGGAAAAGAGAGAGCACAACCAGCAGCAACUCCUACACGGGCUGUGCUCCGAGAUAGACCAGUUACAAGCUAAGAGCUCGAGCUGCAGCUCCGACGAAGAGGAUGAUGGGUUAAGGCACAUUGUAGAAAAGGAGCUGAGCAAUCAAACUGCAGUUUGGGCAGAUGGGUUCGGCAACAUUUCAGGAGUGGUGUUAGAUAUCGAGCGGCUGAUCUUCAAGGACUUAAUCAGUGAGGUCGUUAGCGGAGCAGCGGGUCACACGCUACGUGCGCGACCCCCAAGCUACUGCAGGCAGCUGUUCUAAAGUUAACAUCACUAGCCUUCUCCGCUAUUCCAUCAACACGAAAAUAAUGCAUCAUAUAGCAAAUAUUCCUACAAUGUGGUGUACUGAUAAAAUGCUUGUAUGUAUGUCAGAACUCGAUGCAUUGCUAAGUACAUUAAAGUUAGAAUGUUCCCUUCAACGCA